CAGCGAACGUCAUAUUUUUAAACUUUUGCAGCUUGUGUGACGUUCAACCAAGGUCUGUCAAAAUAAUUUGGUGAUUACCCUUUAAUCGUGCAACCCAAUAAUAGUUGCAUAAAAGUAGAUGAACAGCAUCCUGUCAACUCAGAUUUCAAUUAAAAUUUCUUCAUAAAAGGAGUCUUUUUUCCGUAGUUAUUCACAGACCUUACAACGCCAUUAAAAGAGGCAUUGAAACGUUGUUUUGAAAGAUUGUGAAAAUGAAGGCGAUAUUUGUUAUAUUAUCAUCAGUUUUUGCUGCUCUGCUGUGCUCGAGCAUUUCCUAUGCACAAUCUGAAAAUGAAAUGACUCAGAUCUAUUUUGAUCAUCUUAAAGAAAAGAAAUAUAAUCCCCGAAUCUUUCCAAAAGGUCGUGAUGGAUAUGGAACACCUGUACAAAUUUAUUCAACAAUGUAUUUAAUAGAUAUUCAUAAAAUUGAUGACUUCAACAUGGAUUACAGAGCCCAAUUUUACUUCCGACAAGCAUGGAAUGACAGCAGACUAGCAUAUCAAGAUAUGGAUAUUAGUACCAUCAUUUUAGACGACGCAGAAUACAUAUGGACACCAGAUUUAUUUUUUUUACAAGAAAAAGAAGGAAUAAAACAUAAGAUUAUCACCCCAAAUGUUUUUAUUAGAAUAUCACCAGAAGGAGAAGUUUUAUUUAGUGUAAGACUGACUGUAACAUUUUCUUGUGGUAUGGACUUCAGAAAGUAUCCUCAUGACUCUCAAGAAUGUAAAUUUCAAAUUGAAAGUUAUGGAAAAAGUAUGAAGGAUUUGUUAAUUGAUUGGGAUCCUAGGCAAUCACAUCCUGUGGGGAAAACUGAAAAAAUUAAUGUAUUGCCGUUUGAAUUAGAAUCAAUUGGUUGGGGCUCAAGAAUAACAAAUUUCACUUCUGCAAGAUACAAAGUUUUAGAAGUUACCCUCGUUUUCAAUCGUAACAUAGGAUUCUACAUUACAAGAUUGUAUGUUCCAUUUAUUAUCUUAGUCAUCUUAUCAUGGUUAUCUUUCUGGAUCAAACCUAAAUUAGCAAUACUUAGAGUACCUUUGCUGUUGGUCAUCAUGUAUAUAAUGUUAAACAUCGGAUCAGACAUCAGCAGUUUUAUUCCUCCUGCUCCUUAUACAAAGGCAAGUGACGUGUGGAUUGCAGUUUGUGAGUCUUUGGUCUUUGCUGCUUUUCUUGAGUUUAUUUAUGUUAGCAUUGUGUCCAAGUCAGAAAAAAAAAUUGGAAAGAAGCGAUAUUCAACUGAUCCAGAAGCUCCAAUGAUUUCAAUUUCUGAUGCUAAGGAAAACUCCAGCAGUUCUGAAAAGAUCAGUUCAUCAAUUAAGGGGGUUGCUAAUCGACUGUCAAAUAACAGGAAAAUAUCCCAACAAAUAGAUAUGAUUUCCAGAAUACUAUUUCCUUUGCUUUUUGUUAUUUUUAAUAUCAUUUAUUGGAUUGUAUAUUGAAUUAUAUUGAACUGAGAUUUAAAGAACAUUUAUCGGCUCUUAGAUUGUUGUUGUAAAAAUAAGAAAAUGCAUUACUAGGUGACCGAGGAUUUCUUAUUGCUUACUGUAUUAGGAUCAGCAAUAGUUUUUUUUUGCCUCUAUAUUUGAAUAUGACGUGUAUGAAAUAAUAAACCUUUUUAAUCCUUG